CACACAUACGUACGUUGUCGUAUUUUACAUUCUCUCUUACGGGGAAAGCAAAGCAAACCCAAUCAAUAAUAAUACCAAGAACCAAUGCCGUGUGGGUUGUGGUCGUCCUCAUGACUCAUGUGAGUCAUGGGGGUAUGUUAAAAAUGUUAAUGUGCUAUUUCACUUUCUUCUUUCCCAACCAUACCCUAAACUAAACCCUCCUUUGAUAUUUUUAUUUUAUUUAUUCUAUGCCUUUAUGCCUAGAACGUUUACUUGAAGCUGCAUCAAUCGAGGAGGGAUUCUUCUUCAUCUUUGGAUUCGCUUUUGAUGCCUCGGAGUCAGAGCUGGGAUGAAAGCUGAAUUUUGGGGAAAAUGGCAACUCUAGUUGAACCUCCCAACAGAAUUAAGCCAAAGGGGAAGCAUUAUUAUACAAUAUGGCAAACAUUGUUUGAGAUUGAUACGAAGUAUGUUCCAAUUAAACCUAUAGGCCGAGGAGCGUAUGGCGUGGUGUGCUCUUCGAUCAACAGGGAGACCAAUGAGAAAGUUGCAAUUAAGAAGAUUGGUAAUAUAUUUGAGAAUUCUAUUGAUGCAUUGAGAACUUUAAGGGAGCUGAAGCUGCUUAGACAUAUUCGGCAUGAGAAUGUCAUUGCUUUGAAAGAUGUUAUGAUGCCAAUCCACAAAACAAGUUUUAAGGAUGUCUACCUGGUCUACGAACUCAUGGAUACAGAUCUUCAUCAAAUUAUUAAGUCCUCUCAGCCACUUUCCAAUGAUCAUUGCAAAUAUUUCUUGUUUCAGCUCCUUCGAGGUCUUAAAUACCUUCAUUCAGCAAACAUUCUUCACCGGGACUUGAAGCCUGGGAAUCUGCUCGUCAAUGCCAAUUGCGAUUUGAAGAUAUGCGACUUUGGGCUUGCACGAACUAAUGGAGUUGAUGGCCAGUUUAUGACAGAGUAUGUUGUCACUCGCUGGUAUCGUGCACCGGAGCUCUUGUUAUGCUGUGACAAUUACGGAACCUCUAUUGAUGUCUGGUCAGUAGGGUGCAUUUUUGCUGAGAUUCUUGGUAGAAAGCCAAUCUUCCCUGGGACUGAGUGUCUCAACCAGCUGAAACUAAUUAUAAGCGUUCUUGGAAGCCAGCAUGAAUCUCAUCUUGAGUUUAUUGAUAAUGCAAAAGCAAGGAGGUUUAUCAAAUCACUGCCCUAUACUAGGGGCAGACACUUCUCUCAGCUAUACCCACAAGCAGAUCCAUUAGCCAUAGAUUUGUUGCAAAAAAUGCUUGUGUUCGAUCCAACCAAGAGAAUUACUGUCUUGGAAGCUCUCCAACACCCGUAUAUGGCUAGCCUAUAUGAUCCAAGGUGCGACCCUCCUGCUCAGGUUCCCAUCAGUCUCGACAUAGAUGAACAUUGGGGAGAACCGAUGAUUAGGGAAAUGUUUUGGAAUGAGAUGCUACAUUAUCAUCCUGAAGCUGCUUCCGCCAAUGCAUAAAUGAUUAAUUCUUCCAAGGCUUUCAGGUCUUGUUGCUUGUCUCUAGGAGUAGUUCUGUUUUUUCCUAGACAAACUGUAAUCUUAAAGGAUUUAACUACCGAAUUUUGUACUUUGUAUGAGAUUGCUUUAGUACUUUUUUAAUUUGGCGUCUCCACAAGGAUAAUGGCCUCUUGUAACUUGUAUAUAGCCAUGCAUACUGUUUUUGGUGUUUCGGCUAAACCCAUUUGAACUAGUGUCGUUCAUUAGUUGUUUCCUAACAUUUAACAGAAAAGAGUAAGAUAAUUUGUGCUUUCAAA